GCGCCUUCCAAAGCGCAUGCGCCGAACGUCGGUUUCCCGGGUGUCGUUUGUGGAACUGUGGAAAGACGCGCCCGGCGCCCGGCGUCCUCAGUGGGAGAGCCGGUUCCCGAGCGGGCCUCGGGGCGGGGCCGGGGGCGCGGCUAAAUGCGGAGGUCCGCCUGACACUCACGGCUCGCCGGGGUCCCACCGCCGCCACCAACUUUCCCGAGCUGCGGAGGUCAUGCUGCCCAACACCGGGAAGCUAGCAGGAUGCACAGUUUUUAUCACAGGGGCGAGCCGAGGCAUUGGCAAAGCUAUUGCAUUGAAAGCAGCGAAGGAUGGAGCAAACAUUGUUAUUGCUGCGAAGACUACACAGACACACCCGAGACUUCUGGGCACAAUCUACACUGCUGCUCAAGAAAUUGAAGCAGCUGGAGGAAAGGCCUUGCCAUGUGUUGUUGAUGUGAGAGAUGAACAGCAAAUCAACAGUGCAGUGGAAAAAGCUGUCAAGAAAUUCGGAGGAAUUGAUAUUUUGGUGAACAAUGCCAGUGCUAUUAGCUUGACCAAUACAUUGGAUACUCCUACAAAGAGAGUGGACUUGAUGAUGAAUGUGAACACCAGGGGCACCUAUCUUACAUCCAAAGCAUGUAUUCCUUUUUUAAAAAAGAGCAAGAUAGCUCAUAUUCUCAAUCUCAGCCCACCCCUGAACCUAAAUCCACUGUGGUUCAAGCAGCACUGUGCUUAUACCAUUGCCAAAUAUGGCAUGUCUAUGUGUGUGCUUGGAAUGGCAGAAGAAUUUAGAGGUGAAGUUGCAGUCAAUGCCUUAUGGCCUAGAACAGCCAUACACACUGCUGCUAUGGAUAUGCUGGGAGGAACUGGUAUUGAAAGCCAAUGUAGGAAAGUUGACAUCAUCGCGGAUGCUGCAUAUUCCAUUUUCAAAAGGCCAAAAAGUUUUACUGGCAACUUUAUCAUUGAUGAAAAUAUCUUAAAAGAAGAAGGAAUAAAAGAUUUUGAUGUAUAUGCAAUUACACCAGGCCAUCCCUUGUUACCAGAUUUCUUCUUAGAUGACCACCCAGAUACCUAUAUAAAGGAAAACGAAUCACCUGACCCUGAGCCAGAAGUAAUAGCAGAGAAUCCACAGCCACAGCUGCAGUCACAUCCGCAGCCACAGCCACACUCAGAGCCUCAACCACAGCCGCAACCGAAGCUGCAGCCACCGCCACCACAUUUUGGAGCUGUGGAAGAAACAUUUAGAAUAGUUAAGGACUCUCUCAGUGAUGAAGUUGUUAAAGCCACACAAGCUAUCUAUCAGUUUGAACUCUCAGGUGAAGAUGGAGGCACAUGGUUUCUUGAUCUGAAGAAUAAAGUUGGGAAAGUUGGGCAUGGAGAGCCCCCUGACCGGGCGGAUGUAGUGAUGAGUAUGACCACUGAUGAUUUCGUCAAAAUGUUUUCAGGGAAACUAAAGCCAACCAUGGCAUUCAUGUCAGGAAAACUGAAAAUUAAAGGAAACAUGGCCCUAGCAGUCAAAUUGGAGAAGCUAAUGACCCAUAUGAAUUCCAGACUCUGAAGGACAAGAAGCAAAAGUGUUGACUGUUCUCCUCAGAAGUAAAGAAGUUAAAACUCUGUUGUCUCCUCCACUGUCGUAUAAGGACACAUAGGUUUGUUCUGGAAAAAGUAGACUUCCUGUAUCUAUUAGACUUGAAAUUAUAAUUAAAACAACUAACCACUCAAGACAUCUUAAUAUAUUGUCUAUUUUUAUCCAAUUUCCCCCUCUAAGCCUUUAUUUCAUUCAUUGCCUUUUGCAGGAAAAAUAUAUACCAUGAACAACUAAUCAGAAUCAAGCAAUAAAAUUAGCUGUUUACUACUUUAUCUUCACUAAGAAAGUUGUGUGAGGGACUGUAAUAUCUCCCUUAACCACUGCCUCUCUUCUUCUUCUUCUUCUUCUCCUCCUUCUCCUCCUCCUCCUCUUCCUCCUCCUCCUCCUCCUCCUUCUUCUUCUUCUUUCUUUUUUUUUUUUUUUUAAGGACAUUUGUUUUGCCCAGCAGUGUUUCAUAGACUUCAGUGCACAAUACUUAGAGGCAAACUUUUGUUUAACUUACUAUAAGUAUUUUAUAUUAUUGAUACUAUUCUAGCUAUCUUUACAUUUUAAGCUUUUCCCUUUUUCUCCAGAUGGGGUAACUCAGCUGGCCUUGAACUCAGGCCAGUCCUCCUGCCUCCGUUUUCUUAGUGCUAUGAUUAGCCACAAUGCCUGGCUAAGUUGAGUUUCCAAGUGCUAACAUACAGAAAUAGAAUUAAUUUGUGAGUAUCCCUAAUGCCCUGCAGUAGUUAGACCUACUCAUUAUCUUUAGCAGCUUUUUAAAACAGAUGCUUUAAAUCAUGUUAUCUUCAAAUAAAGAUGAAUCUAUCUCCUUUUCCCCCA